AUGGGUCAGUCUCUGAUGAAGCUCUUCUUCGACAACUCCUGCCAGAAAGAAGUGAAGGUUGUGAUGCUUGGGCUGGACGCCGCGGGCAAAACGACGAUCCUGUACCGGCUGCACGUCGGCGAAGUUCUGUCGACGGUGCCGACAAUCGGUUUCAACGUGGAGAAAGUCGAGUACAAGAAUGUGGCCUUCACGGUGUGGGACGUUGGAGGGCAGGACAAGCUGCGGCCGCUCUGGAGGCAGUACUUGAGCAACUCGGACGCCUUGAUAUACGUUGUUGAUUCGACGGACAGGGACCGGAUUGGGGUUGCCAGGGAGGAGUUCCAGGCCAUCGUCAAGGACCCGCUCAUGCUCAGCAGCGUUCUUCUCGUGCUCGCCAACAAGCAGGACAUGAAAGGCGCGAUGAGCCCCUCCGAAGUGGGACAGCGCCUGGGCCUGUACGACCUCAAGAAUAGGGCGUUGCGUGCCGUGGGGGCCUGCGCGCUCACCGGCGAGGGUCUGCACGAGGGGCUCGGUUGGCUGGCGGCCACCCUCAAGGACGCGCACACAUGGGGAACCUCCGUCCGCUUCUAG